AUGUCACUUUAUACAGUAGCUGUGAAGUGUGUCCAGCUCAGUCCAUCACGAGACCCAGAUCUUCUGGAACAAGCGAACCUUCCCACGUCGACCAGGAGCACCCUCCUCAUGGCAGCAUCUCAUAAAACUAAUAUUGAGCAGACAACCUCUCCAGGAGAUACCGCUGAAAUCCAAAAAGACUCUGGAAACCGUUCUUGCCAAGAAAGAUGGGUUGGCUAUCAAUGCAACUGUUACUUCAUUUCCAAGGAAUUCAAAACUUGGAAAGACAGUAGUGAUUUCUGUAUUUCUCAGAAUUCCGCCCUACUUCAGCUGGACAACAGAGAUGAAUUGCAUUUUAUGAAGCUUAAUUCAUACUAUUACUGGAUUGGAGUGACCUACAGUGCAGAGCACCGUGCCUGGGUGUGGCUGAAUGGCUCUGCAGUCUCCCAGAAUCUAUUUCCACUCAUUGAAACUGAAAAUCCAAAGAAGUGCAUAAUAUACAACCCAAGUGGUGAUGCUUGGGAUGAAAAUUGCACGAAGGAAUACCGUUAUAUCUGUAAACAGCACCUUACUUAGGUGUUAUUUCGGUGGAAAAAGUGAGCAGUGAAGACCCAAUAAAAGAAUGCUAAGUCU